CGCUGUCUAACAGAACUUUUUUUCUUUCUCUUUCUGUAUUUACUUAUUAACUUUUAUUCUUUUCUUUCUUCUCUUCAAUUCUCUACGCAUUCAUUCUUACUCUUCAUUACACCCUUUCGCCUCUUUACUUUUCCGCUCCAAAUCUUCCAUUCAUUCCCUUUUCUUUUCCUUUUAUUGUUUUUAUACAUAUUUUUUCACUUUUUUUUUUUUUUUUAGUUUUGAUUUUUCCUUAACGAAAGGUUGCGAAGCAAAACCUUACCGGUGAACGGAGAAUCAAAUCAAUUUCCAAAAAAAGGCUAUCAUCGGUUAAAUUAGGGUUUGUGUUCGGUGUUUUCCCCUUUUUUCAUGGGCAACAUCUCAAGCAACGGUGGCGGCAACCACCGUCGCCGACAUAGUGGCGGUACGAGGCGGAGUCAUCCGCCACCACCUCCGCCUCCGCCGGUGACGCCGCAACCCGAAAUCACGGCGAAUCCAUUUGUGUACCCUGGUGCUGCACCGUACCCGAACCCUCCCGUACAUUACCCUCAGUACCAUUACCCCGGUUACUAUCCUCCUCCGGUGACGAUGCCUCAUCAUCAUAAUCAUCACCACCACCAUCAUCAUCAGCAUCCGCACAUGGACCCGGCAUGGGUUGCAGGGCGUUACCCUUGUGGACCGGCCAUGCCUCAACCGGCACCUUUUGUUGAGCAUCAGAAGGCUGUUACCAUAAGGAACGAUGUGAACAUCAAGAAGGAAACCCUUAGGAUUGAACCUGAUGAGGAAAACCCUGGCCACUUCCUUGUCUCGUUUACGUUUGAUGCUACCGUUUCUGGGAGCAUCACCAUAUAUUUCUUUGCAAAAGAAGGUGAAGGCUGCGUCCUUGCACCAAUGAAGGAAAACCAUAUCGCACCACUGACUGUGCAUUUCCAGGAAGGUCUUGGCCAGAAGUUUAGACAGACAGCUGGAACUGGUAUUGAUUUUUCAGCUUUUGAGGAGUCAGAGUUGCUGAAAGUGGGUGACAUGGAUGUCUACCCUCUAGCAGUAAAGGCAGAUGCAUCCCCUGGUAACCAUGAUGAGGCAAAUGAAACUCCAACAUCUGGUAACACAAACUCUCAGAUUACCCAAGCGGUGUUUGAGAAGGAGAAAGGAGAAUUUCGAGUGAAAGUUAUUAAGCAGAUCUUGUGGGUGAAUGGAAUGAGGUAUGAGCUGCAGGAGAUAUAUGGUAUUGGAAAUUCAAUGGAGAGUGACUUGGAUGAGAAUGAUCAAGGAAAAGAAUGUGUCAUCUGCUUGUCAGAGCCUCGUGAUACAAUUGUCCAUCCCUGCCGACAUAUGUGCAUGUGUAGUGGAUGUGCCAAGGUUUUGAGGUUCCAGACAAAUAGAUGCCCAAUUUGCAGACAACCGGUUGAGAGGCUGUUGGAGAUAAAGAAAAACAAAGAAGGAAAAUGGAAUUUAUGUAUGACUUUUGCGGUUCAACAUGAAUAGCAGUAUGGCAUUGCACAUAACUUAUACAAGACAAUUAGACAAUGCCUUCAAUGAACUUGUUUGUCUUUGCUUCUAAAUGGCUUCUCUUCUAUAUGAUUAAAUAUGUUUCACUGGGGAUGCUAUUUUUUAAUUUUCUUUUAACUUUAAAAGAGGAAUCAACAUCGCAACCAAUAUUUUAUCAUGGCAGUAAUAUGGAAAAGUUUCCUAUAUAGUGCAGAUAAAGUGGGUAUGUUAGGCAUCCCAGGGUUAAGGGAAAUAAAAUGUGUAAUAAGGGAAUUUAAAGCUAGGGUAGAAAAGGGAAUUGGGGUACUAACCAUACU